AACUUUAAAACAGUAGGUUUGAUGGUCGUUAAUAACUAGCUAGGACUCCCCGGGAUUGUUCACAACAGAGGAAGCCACACCAGCCCUGACCAAAUAAAGACCCGUCGCGAUUUUUAGAUCCUGUUUUGAAACCAUACUAACGGAAACUAACGUUAACGCGUUCCUGUGCGAAGGGCUUCGUUCUUCUCCUGAUAACAGCUAACGUUAUUGUUUGUACCGAGCUAGCUUUGUCCUUUGCAGUCACAGCUGUGGUGUGUUGUUGAUAUAUUUAUACAAAUCGUUGUGGAAUAUGGCUCAGCAUGGACAUCAUGUAGCCAGUUCCCAAAAAGCACUAAUGCUGGAGAUGAAAAGUCUCCAGGAUGAGCCAGUCGAAGGGUUCAAAAUAACUUUGGUGGACGAGUCGGACAUGUACAACUGGGAAGUAGCGAUAUUCGGACCCCCAAAUACGCACUACGAGGGUGGUUAUUUUAAGGCUCGGAUCAAGUUCCCCGUCGACUACCCGUACUCUCCACCUGCUUUCCGCUUCCUCACCAAAAUGUGGCAUCCCAACAUUUAUGAGAACGGUGAUGUAUGCAUCUCUAUCCUGCACCCACCAGUGGACGACCCACAGAGCGGAGAGUUGCCUUCAGAGAGGUGGAACCCCACACAGAACGUCAGGACCAUCCUGCUCAGUGUGAUCUCUUUGCUGAACGAGCCCAACACUUUCUCCCCGGCCAACGUGGAUGCAUCCGUCAUGUACCGCAAGUGGAGGGACAGCAAGGGCAAGGACAGAGAAUACAUCGAGAUCAUCAGGAAGCAGGUGGUGGCUACAAAAGCUGAAGCAGAGCGGGACGGCGUCAAGGUUCCCGUCACGUUGGACGAGUACUGCGUCCGCACCCAAGUCCCGCCCACAGACGACGGCUCCAACCUCUUGUACGACGAUUACUACGACGACGAGGAACUGGAGGAAGAGGACGAGGACGACAACGAGGACUGUUGCUAUGACGACGAUGACUCAGGCACCGAGGAUUCCUGACCAUGCCUACCCAUGAUGUCUCCCUCUCGUCCCUGACCAGUCCCCGGCCUCACCCCCUCGCCGUACACACACACACACACACCUCCCUUCCUUGUCAUGGACUGAACUUUAACUCCCUGCCCCCGUCUUCCUCCUGAAUCAACACCCCCCCCCCCCCCACACACACACACUGUCCACCUUCUGUCACAUGUGCAGUCACAGUAUGCACACUAAAACCUGAUGCAUCAAAGAGAAGAAAGCUACAGAGUUGUUUUUGUUUUGUUUCUUACAUGUUACAUUAUCAUUUUUUUUCAUUUGGCGUCUGAGUAGAGGUUACACACGAUGCGCACACACACAGUAGCACAACUUACAGAUAGUACAUCCGUUUGUCUGCGCUGGUAACUAAAAAAAACAAAAAGCGUUUUAGCUCCAAGAUCCGUUCCUUCUUCUGGCUUUGAGUGGAACAAAGUGUGUCAGAUGACCAAGUUUCUUGUAGAAAACUUGGAACGCUCGCACCUUUUUAUCUGACAUUGUCAGCAGGGUGGAAUAUAACGUCACAGGUCAGAUCAGAGUAAAACAAGCAGGGAGCAUUUGCAAAGUAGGCUAAUUUAGAAAGAUUGGCGGUGUGUGUUGUGUGUGUGUGUGUGUGUGUGUGUGUGUGUGUGUGUGUGUGUGUGUGUGUGUGUGUGUGUGUGUGUGUGUGUGUGGUGUGUGUGUGUGGUGUGUGUGUGUGUGUGGUGUGUGUGUGGUGUGUGGUGUGUUUGAAAAGCUGAAUCACGUCUGUCUGUGAGCCAUGUGUGUGACUUCUGGUUUAGCGAGCUGUUUGAAGCCGUGCCGUGCUUCUCCUCUGACCUUUCUUGAGCACCAAGGCCUGUGCUGCACCAAACAGGCAAGUUAUCCGUUUCAAAAAAAGAAGAAAAAAAAGCUGUUCACACUCCCUUGUGCCUUCCCUCACUCCCUGAAAUCACAGAUCUGAAUGACUGGAUGGGCCUGCCUCGGCCGAGGGAGAUAUUCAAGCUCACAAGGUCUCAGGUGGGGAGACUGUGCAAACGGCGCCCUCCUGAUGGAACAAACGUAUUAAUAGAUUAGUCAGAUUUGUCCAUGGCCUGAGUGAGAAAGGUGUAAGAUCCAACAGCUGAACUGAAGACUGGAAUGUAGAUCAGAAUUACACAAUCGUCCUCUCGACUGCCACGCAGCCUUCAACAUAUAAGCACGUGCUACUAGUGGCCUGGAUGCAUUAACAAACAGCUAGCUGAGCCUGCUGCUGCUCCUAACAAUCCAAUGUACUGUAUUGAA